AGAAAAACCCGAAAUACGAGAAUAGUCCAGGAGAAGACCAGAAUGACCGACACCAACGAGGUGCAGCCCGCUAAGCGGGUCAAACUAACGGAUGAGAAUGGCCUGGAUAACAACAGCAUUCAAAGUUUUCGUGGUUUCCAGCUCAUCAAGGUCCUGAACGAAAAUGCCAGAAGUAAAACUGUCGCCGUUCAUGGUGGGUCGAUCUUUUUCACUAAGCAUGCAAAAUUACCAGAAUUUAGUUAACUGUCAGGUAACAUAAAGUAUAUCACCUGUUGACCUUUUCACUACACGCCAGAUGAACUUAGGCUUAUGAUAAACCGGAAUGUGAUGAUAGUUCCCGUUGGUGUAUUUUUCUAACGUCCGUAUUAAUAAUUAAAAAGGAUGACAUGUGCUUCACUUUGUAAUAUUGUUAUAUCUCGAUCUUUCCUUGAUCAGGUUAUUGUCAUUAGUGAUGCUGAAGGCACCACGUGUAGUCUGAUUUGAUCUUGAAUCUUGCGAGUGUUCAACAAUUAGACGAGGGUUAUUGCAGAGUCCCAUUAAUAUUUGUUUAUCAGGAAUAAGUUUACAGACCGAAUUAGAUGAAACAAAGGUCUGAUACUUAUCUAUUCGCAAACUUGGUGCCUGUUAAUUAAUAACGUGAUGUUUAUAGCACCACGUGGAGUUCAAUUUAAUCUUGAAUCUUGCGAGUGAUCGAGAAUGCAUGAUAGGCAUUUCAGAGCCCAAUUUGUUUGUCAUGAGUAAGAAUACAGGCAGAAUCAGAUGAGACAAAGACCUGGUACCAAGUAAUCAAAACUAGGUGAAAAUUUGAGAAACUAUAUACCUAUCAGACAUAUAGAUUCCUCUGCUCAAUAACAGUAUCUGGGCAACUGCCCACCUACCCCUCCCCUUACCCAACAUUCACCCUAACUUGUUAUCAAUUGACUGUUGUUGGGUUAGGGAGGGCGUAGGUGGGCAGUUGCCCAGAUACUGAUAUUGAUCCAAUUCCUCUCACCAGUUAUUCUGUAGCAUUGUACUUUGACAGUGUAAUCAGACACCUGAAAUUGGACAGUUAGAUUUCACUGAGUAUAGUCAAAUUUCUCUUAAGCAGACACCCACUGGAAUUGAGAAAAGUGUCCAUUGGUAGAACUGUCUGCUUGCCAAAAAUUAUUUCUGAAAUUGAGACUGAAGAAAAAUAUGGUGGAAGUUGGCUUACCAGAGAGUGUUAUGUUGGACUCUUAUUAAUUUAAAAAAAAUGGACAAGUUGCUUUCCCACAGACAAAAAAGGGGAAUUGAGAGGAGUAUCUGUAAGUAGAACUGUCCACCUACAAGGGUGUCGUCUCGGAGGGUUGACUGUUUAUACAAAUAGAUCCACCAAUCAAUCAUUUACUGUAACCACAGAAACAAACUUACCAUCUAAGCUGGGAAUGUCCCAAAAUGAAGGAUUUUGUUUCACGGUUUUCAAAUUUUUAAAGUUUUUCUUUUUGAGAAUGCUCAAAAGCUGUUUUUAAAUGUGUUUAUUGCACUCAUGUCAAAUAUUGUAAUUAAUUAAUAAGUAUUAAAGUAACAGAAUUACAAGCUAUCAGCCCUUCUUUCACGCAUUUAAAUGUCUUCAAAAUUGCAAUGGUUAUAAUUAAUUGGUAUUGGUAACAGGAAUUGUGUUGUCCCAUUCAAUCAGUAAUUGUACUUGUAAUUCGCAAUUUAGUCUCCUGUUUUGAUCAUCAGAUUUUGUCAAUCACUGUUAUGAGUAAAAACGGAAUUGGAUUCUGCUUUAUCCUAACACUGUUAGAAGUGUCACAUCAAAAAAAAACUCCCUUCCUCCUCUCUUUCUAAGGAUUUUUAAAAAAUGUGUAACUGAUAUUCAUGUUAUUUACAGGAAAGUUUGGAGAAUCAGAAUCUGAUGCUGUGGUUCUUUUGGAGAAGACACCUUUUUCAGAAGAUACCUUACCACAAAUGUUGUCUGCAGAAACUAGCGUUAAGAUGGAAUUUAACAAUGAUAUCUACAACCAGUGUACAUGCCAACCACAAUCACGUUUCAAUACAUUGAAGGGAACAAUAAUCUACCCAGCUACAGCUAAACAUCUUGAUAAAUUUUCAUCCCGAAAUGUGCAUUUUGUUCAAGAAACUCCAGAUGUUUAUAAAUCAAUUACUCUUCCAUUUAUUGAGGAAAAAUCUUUCAGUAUUCAGGUAUGUGUGAUGUUUUUCGGUUUAAUUGCUCUGCGAUAUUUUUGACUCUUUGGUUUUAAUUACCAGAGCCUCCACAAAUUAUGGAAAAUCAGCAAAAACAUCAAAAACAACAACAAUUUUACUUGUAAUUUACAAUUAAAAUUUUUUAUAUGUUAUCUAAAUAAGGAACACAGACUGUAGCUGGUCACCCAAACUAACUGUUGGGUGAACAGCAAUGAAAGUUACUUAAUAAGUAGUGAAAAUCAAAGCCUGAGAAAAAAAUUUCAGGGAUGAACCCAUGACCUCUGUGAUACCGCUGCAAUGCUCAACCAACUGAGCCAACAAGCCAAUUGGGAGCUGGUAAUUUUUUUGUUAUGUAAUAAACCGGCGUUAAGUGAUGAAUGAAUGAUGGACAGUGAUUAUACAAAUAUCAUACACAUAUAUUUGAACUGUGGAUUAAUCAGUGAAGAUGAGAGUGAUCUUUGCUGUAAUGAACAGUACUUAACCAGUAUGGAGCAUAAAGCCUGAAAAAAAAAUUUAUUCUUUAAUUAAGGAAAUAGCCAAAUACAAAAGUUUUCUUAUAUUUGUAUUAUGUACUAUUCUGGGAUUAACAAUAAGCUUGGAUUUGUAUAGAUAUUUUGUUAAAAACUGUGUUUUCAAUACUUUUUCUGUUUUUGUCUUAUUUUUUAAAUGCUAAUUUUUUUACAAUUUAAUUACUCAAUUCUUCAAACUAUCUCACAAAUGCAUCCCCAACUUACUAAACAUCAACUUACCUACAUCAACCAAACUUACAUUACUCUAAGAAAACAAAGAUAUUUAUUACUACAAUGGUUAAUUGCAUCUUAUAGUUGUGUUAAACUGUUUAUAGUACUGACCUAAAAUACUUGAUAUUAAAAUUUUGUUUCAGUGGGUGUACAACAUUCUUGAAAAAAAGGCUGAAGUGGAACGUGUUGUAUUUGAAGAUAAUGACCCAGAAACUGGCUUUGUUUUGUUGCCAGACUUGAAGUGGGAUCAGAAACAGAUUGAAAACCUGUACCUGGUGGCUAUUGGCCGUAGACGAGGGAUUAAAUCACUCAGAGAUCUUGAUAGAUCCCACCUACCACUACUGAGGAAUAUAUUGUUGAAAGGACAGGUAACCUAACCUUAACCCUCUCACCCUCAGAAAUGAUGAACAUGUAACUUCUCCCCAAAAUGUCCAUAUUUUAUCCAACAAACAGGUAAUAAGAAUACAAAAAAUAAUCAGGCAGAAGAUGGUAUCUUGAUCUAACACCAAAUUCUCAUGAUUAAUAAAUAAGAUAAUGUGUGGUAGCAAGAGGGGAGAAUUAAUAAUCAGAUCUUGGGAGUUAAAUGGUUAAAUUCAGUCUGAAGAUUUUUACUGUUGCUCUUUUUGGUUUGGUGUGAUACUUAAACUGUUUUUGUUUUGUUUGUCUCUUUUUUUCUUUUAAUGAAGAAUGUGUGGAAUCAUUUUGAGCAAACAAAUGACUUUAUUUCAUCCAAGAAUCAUAAUAGAGAGGAUUUUAAUAUUUUAAUAUUCACAUAAAUUUCAAAUUCUUGAGAAAAAAAAUUUUAAAGACAUGUUUUUGGCAUGACUCAUGCUGUCAGCAGUUCAUUGUGUUGCAUCUGUUGACUUUGUUUUUGCAUGUUACGUAGGCAUUAGGCUAUCAGUUUAAAUCUUAUCACAGUAUUUGAAAUUAGUACCAUUACAGUAAUUUAAGUCAACAAUGAGGUGCACAAAUAUAAUACUUUGAAUAUUAAUCAAUGUGAAAAAUAAUUAUAAUAUAAAUAUAGAACUUUAAUAUAAAUUACAGUUAUGUUGCAUCUGUGCAUUCAGCUCAGAUAGCAAGUAGCUAAUAUACAAUGUCCCCUUUAGUUUCAGGCGAUAAGUAGUUUUGGCAAUGAGUAGUUUUAAGUCUAUAAAGUUCACCUAGGUUUAAAAAUGAGCUAUUUACAUAGCAGAAAUAUGUUUUAAGAGAAUCCUUUGCUUUCUACCAGCUGGUGCAUUCUCUGCACAGCUUAAUAUUUUUAUUAACCCUUUACACCCUAAAAUCAGUAUGCCAAUUCUCCAUACUGCUCUUCAUACAUUUCCUAACAUGCUGAUAAGGAGAAUUCGUUUAAUAAUCAAAAGCUUCUUCUGUUGGUUAUUUGAUCAUUUCCUUUAUUCUCAUGACCCUAACAUGUGAUUCAGGGUUGAUAUUGUAGGGAGAAAUUUGGUGCUAGUCAUUCUUAGGGUUUAUAGGGUUAAUGCAGAAUCCUUUCAGGCCUAAUGAUCCAACAUUUGAAAACUAGUUUGAAUAGACAAAUCAACUCCUUUGUUGGAAAACUCUUCACAUCUUCACGUCAGGAAUUACCCAAGGAGAUGAUUAAAAAUAAUGGAUCAAUAUCAGUAUCUGGACAACUGCCCACCUACCCCUCCCCUAACUCAACAACAGUCAACUGAUAACAAUUUAGGGCUAAUGUUGGGUUAGGGGAGGGGUAGGUGAUUAAUUGCUCAGAUACUGAUAUUGAUCCAAAAUAAUUGUGCAGUUUAGGGGACAGUGCUUAUUUACCCUGAAGACGACAUAGCAUCUAAAAAAUUUGAUUUUUUUACUUUUUCAAUAUAUUUUGCCUUGAAAGUAGCUCAUUUUUUAACCCUUUAACUCCCAAGAUCUCAUUAGUAAUUUCUCCUUUCUGUCUGCCAUACGAUUCAUAUGAUGUAGUUUGGAGAAUUUGGAAUUGGAUCAACUAAUAAUCCCCUAGUUGAUAUUUUUCUUAAUUCUCAUUACUUGUCUGCUUGAUAUUAUACUGAUAGUGUAAGGAGAAAUUCUGUCCAGGCCACGAGGGUGACUUAAAGAGUUAAGUAGUUUUAUAUUAAUAGUAUUUUUCUCUUUCUUCUAGGAAGCCAUAUGGGAUAAGUAUGGUGUUGGUAAAGACCAAAUUCAGGUUUAUGUUCAUUACCAGCCCUCUUAUUAUCAUUUUCAUGUACAUUUUACUCAUAUCAACUAUGAUGCUCCUGGCUGCUGUCUUGGUAAAGCUCAUCUUCUGCAUGAUGUGAUUGAUAAUAUAGAGAACAUUGAUUCCAAUUAUUACUCCAAGAGGACAUUGUUGUGUCUUUUUAAAGAGAAUGAUAAACUUCUUCAAAGGAUUCAGCAAGCAAAUCAUGGUGAAAACUCAGCAGGUGCAAAGGUCUAAUGAGGACAAAUAACCACAGACUUGUUAGAACUUAUUUUAACUGAUAUUCGAUAGCUUCGUCUGAGCAGACUAGCCUGGAAUGGAGGUGAAGACGAAUAAAAUUGAAAGGUGUUUUGUUAUGGUCUCUCUCUACAUAUUUCCAGAGGAAAAUGUGAUUUCUUAUAGUUGCAGCAUCAAUGCAAAUAUAUCAAACUACGCUUUCGUAGUCUGUCAAUGUUUCCGUGUAAUCUUUAUGACGAACAAGUCUCGAUAGUACGCUAAGAAUUAAGUCGGACGUACAAACAUCAGUUUGAUCAUACUAUAUGGUUGGGCUUUCUUGUAUAGAUAUAAUGCUUUUUCUGACUCAUAAAUUGUUUUAUCAAAGCAGCUUCAAGUUAGAGCAGUCCUACCAACAAGGAUUAGCAUACUAUUCUCACCUUUCAUGUCAAAAUUUCCUUCAUUAACCGUUAGAUCUCAAAGAACGGGUACUAACGCCCAGUGGCCGAGUACCGGUAAUAUAAAAAACCCCUUCCGCCA